AUGUACGAUCAAGCGACGAGAAUUUCUUGUAAUGUGGUAGCAACGGGUGGUUUGGAACAGUUGAUGGCACAGUUCUGGGCUUGCGAGGAAAUAGAAUCGGCAGUGAUUUAUUCUCCGGAAGAGUUACGAUGCGAAGAGCACUAUGUGCGAACAGUGAAAAGAGGCACCGACGGUCGAUACACGGUAUCACUUCCUCAAAAUAAGAACGGGUUUGAAACGGUGGGCGAGUCAAGGGACAUCGCCAUGCGGCGAUUGCAAAGUAUUGAACGUAGACUUCUGAGGGAACCAGAGUUGCAUCAGGAAUACAACAAGCUUAUGCAGGAAUAUCGAGAAUUGGGACACAUGCAUAAGGUACACAUCAAUCCAGCCGACGAUAAAAAGAGGUGUUAUCUUCCGCAUCAUCCAGUGGUAAAACAAUCCAGCAUAACCACCAAGGUACGCGUGGUUUUCGAUGCGUCGUGUCGAACAAGCACAGGAAGGUCGCUGAACGACGCAUUACUUUGUGGACCGGUCAUCCAAGACGAUCUCCGAUCACUUAUACUUCGCAGCAGAACGAGACAUAUUAUGUUGGUAGCCGACAUCGAAAAAAUGUUCCGGCAAAUCAAGGUUCAUCCAAACGACAUGCCGCUUCAAAGUAUUUUGUGGCGUAAUUCACCAGACGAGGAGGUGGAAACUUAUGAAUUGGCAACGGUUACGUAUGGGACCAAACCUGCCCCAUUUUUGGCUACCAGAACUCUAAAGCAACUAGUGACGGAUGAAAGAGAACGUUUUCCUCAAGCGGCAAUAUCGUUGAUGGAUGACGUUUACAUGGACGAUGUUUUAACUGGAGGUGCAGAUGUUUCGGAAGUUGGUGAACUUCGUAGACAACUUGAGCUGUGCGCAAUUAGUGGCGGGUUCUGCUUCAGAAAAUGGGCUUCAAAUUCUCCGGAGGUUCUCCUAGAUGUUUCCCCAGAAAAUUUGGCAUUGAAAGGAGAGAUUGGUGUUGAUCUAGAUCCAGAUCCUGCAGUUCGCACGCUAGGGUUGACGUGGUUACCAGGAAGGGAUUUUCUUAAAUUUCACUUCAACAUAGCGGAUUUGGAAGGCGUUGAAAAUUUAACCAAGCGGAAGGUGUGGUCGUUCAUCGCUGCUCUAUUCGAUCCUCUAGGCUUCAUCGGAGCUGUAGUGACGUCGGCAAAGAUAUUCAUGCAGAAGAUUUGGUGCCUCCAGGGUGCCGACGGUAAGAGCGUAGAUUGGGAUCAACCUUUGCCACACGAGAUGGCAGAAGACUGGCGUAAUUUCCACGAAAAACUGCCACUCCUGAAUAAGUUGACGAUUUCACGCUGUGUUAUCAUACCGAAUGCUACGGAAAUUCAGUUGCAUUUUUCUGUCCACAUAUCUCCAUCUACGACGUCGCUGAGACUUUCUACCAUCACGCAUCACUUCACCGAAGGAGCAUCCGUACAAGCGGAUCACGAUUCCCCAACUCCCAAUCAUCACCAAGGAACUAUCAAGGGCCCCAAGCGCUUCCCAUCCCAUCGGAGGAACAACCCAAACAUCCCCGGAAAACGCAUUCCCAAAAACACCCGAAAUUGA